GCUAUUCAGGACCUUUCAUAACUUCAAGAUGGCGGCGUCCAUACGGGUGUGCUGUGCCCUCCGAAUUACGCUGGGAGGUGAAUAUAUUUCCUAAAUUACAAAUUUCUCUGUCACACAGAUGUCUUACCACUAGAAUAUGUAAUCGGGUUGCAUACUACACGAACUGUGUAGUCUAUUGGAAUUAUUUAUAUUUUGAUGGACAAAGGCUGCACGCUAUGCUAUGGCUAAUACUAGCUAGCUAUAGCUUGUCAUCCUCAGCUUGUCAUUUAGCCAGACAGACAGCUAGCUAUAUAAACAAACCAUUCCAUCAUAAUGGAUCCUUAUCGAUACCUUUGCAUCCGUAUUUCGUUUGGAUCGCUUUCUGAUGAAUGCCUAGCCCUGUUCCAUCGCGUGACGACAACGACUAGUUGCCUAGGCCAGGGGUAUUCAACCGGGGGUCAUGGCCCCCAAUUGGUCCGCGGAGGUACUGCACGGGGGUUCGCCGAAAUGUAAAUAUAUAAAAAAGUGGAAAAAAUAUUUAGUUGAUUUCAAUGAUUUUAUGAAUAUAGCUAGCAACUACAGAAUAAACUAAUGUUGAAUUACAUACCUACACUAGAAAAUAAAAUAUAUUCUAAUGAUGUCAACUUUAUUUCUCAACUAAUAUUGAGCAAAUUACAGAGUUUCUAUUGCCUUUGGUAUUACACUCACUGGAAUAUCUGACUGGCUUUGAAAAAGCACCCACGAAUAGGCUACCAGUGUGGCAAGUGCCGCUAGCUACCGUUAAGCUUUCUUGACUUGGACAUAAAUGUUUGCCAACACAUGGCUAACCUUUUUUUAAGCAGCUAAACAGCUGCUCUUAGCGAAAAUGUGUUUGGAGUUACCUUUCUAGCUAAUAGGUAAUGUAAGAGUUUACACUUCUUCUAAUUAUAAUGUGGGCAGGUCAAAAUUAAUUUUAAAAAGCUGAUUGCUUCUCCUUGACAUUAUAAUUUCCCUGAUGAUAAGACAAGACGUGAUUUUAUUUUUGUUGCUAACGUAUGAUGGGGGUCGAUGGUUUGCCUGGGAGGGGGUGCUGAGGAGUAUUUCUGUCUGUAAUAAACUCAUUCGGAUUGGCGGGGCCUGGCUCCCCAGUGGCUGGGCCUAUGCCCACCCAUGGCUGCACUCCUGCCCAGUCAUAUGAAAUCCAUAGAAUAGGCCCUGAUGAAUUUAUUUCAAUUGACUGAUUUUCUUCUAUGAACUGUAACUCAGUAAAGUCUUUGAAAUUGUUGCAUGUUGCAUUUAUAUUUUUGUUCACUUGUUUAUUUGAACCAAAUCUUCAGUCUCGUCUGGGAUAUACACUCACUGGACAGUUUAUUAGGUACCCAUCUAGUACUGGGUCGUACCCCCCUUUACCUCCAGAAAAGCCUGAAUUCUUCGGGGCAUUCUACAAGAUGUCGGAAACGUUCCACAGGGAUAUUUGUCCAUGCUGACGUGAACAGCCUGUUCCAUCUUAUCCCAAAGAUGCUGUAUUGCGUUGAGGUCUGGGGACUGCGCAGGCCACUCAAGUAAACUGAACUCGCUGUCAUGUUCCAGGCAAUGUUUUUCCACUCCUCAAUUGUCCAGUGUUGGUUAUCGUGUACCCACUGGAGCCGCUUCUUCUUGUUUUUAGCUGAAAGGAGUGGAACCCGGUCUGGUCGUCUGCUGCAAUAGUGACAAGGGUCGAUAAGUUGUGCUUUCUGAGAUUCCGUUCUGCACACAACUGUUAUACUGUUAUGUCUGUUUGUGGCCCGCCUGUUAGCUUGCACAAGUCUUGCCAUUCUCCUUUUUUGUUCGUUGCACCAUUCUCGGUAAACCCUAGACACUGUUGUGCGUGAAAAGCCCAGUGGGGUGGACGUUUCUGAGAUACUGGAUCUGUCGCACCUGGCACCGACGAUCAUACCAUGCUCAAAGUCACUUAUUUUGCCCAUUCUAACAUUCAAUCGAACAGUAACUGAAUGCCUAUCCGCCUGCUUUAUAUAGUAAGCCAUGGCCACAUGUCUCACUGUCUGUAGGAGUGAUCCAUUUUCCUGAAUAGGGUGGUGUGCCUAAUAAACUGGCUGGUGAGUGUAUUUCAUCACACAGACAAACAGCCAUAGUGGAGGACGUUUACAUAGUGCAUAAAAUAUUACCACCAGAGGAGCUUACUUCUCUGUGCUCUGGAGAGAUCGCAGGUAGUUGGUCGAAGGCUCUGGAGGUCCUUGCAAUAUUCUGUCUGUAGCACCUGUAGUGAGAUGGAUAGAGGUACUGAAUACACUUCAAAGAGAGCGAGCAAGAGAGUUAAUGUUUUACGUUGUGGAUUAUUGAGGACUAUAAGGGUGCCUUCCAAUCAGACAAAUGGAUGCCAGUGUUUCACUUAUAUGCAUUUAGCAGCGGCGCACCGCCAUUGGAGGGGGGGAUCAUUUUCAGGAUGGUAUAAGGUUUUCGGUGUAUACUUAAACGUCUAAAAACAGAGAAAGUACAGUGGGGAAAAAAAGUAUUUAGUCAGCCACCAAUUGUGCAAGUUCUCCCACUUAAAAAGAUUAGAGAGGCCUGUAAUUUUCAUCAUAGGUACACGUCAACUAUGACAGAAAAAUUGAGAAAGAAAAAUCCAGAAAAUCACAUUGUAGGAUUUUUUAUGAAUUUAUUUGCAAAUUAUGGUGAAAAAUAAGUAUUUGGUCACCUACAAACAAGCAAGAUUUCUGGCUCUCACAGACCUGUAACUUAUUCUUUAAGAGGCUCCUCUAUCCUCCACUCGUUACCUGUAUUAAUGGCACCUGUUUGAACUUGUUAUCAGUAUAAAAGACACCUGUCCACAACCUCAAACAGUCACACUCCAAACUCCACUAUGGCCAAGACCAAAGAGCUGUCAAAGGACACCAGAAAUUGUAGACCUGCACCAGGCUGGGAAGACUGAAUCUGCAAUAGGUAAGCAGCUUGGUUUGAAGAAAUCAACUAUGGGAGCAAUUAUUAGGAAAUGGAAGACAUACAAGACCACUGAUAAUCUCCCUCGAUCUGGGGCUCCACGCAAGAUCUCACCCCGUGGGGUCAAAAUGAUCACAAGAACGGUGAGCAAAAAUCCCAGAACCACACGGGGGGACCUAGUGAAUGACCUGCAGAGAGAUGGGACCAAAGUAACAAAGCCUACCAUCAGUAACACACUACGCCGCCAGGGACUCAAAUCCUGCAGUGCCAGACGUGUCCCCCUGCUUAAGCCAGUAGAUGUCCAGGCCUGUCUGAAGUUUGCUAAAGUGCAUUUGGAUGAAGAAGAGGAUUGGGAGAAUGUCAUAUGGUCAGAUGAAACCAAAAUAGAACUUUUUGGUAAAAACUCAACUCGUCGUGUUUGGAGGACAAAGAAUGCUGAGUUGCAUCCAAAGAACACCAUACCUACUGUGAAGCAUGGGGGUGGAAACGUCAUGCUUUGGGGCUGUUUUUCUGCAAAGGGACCAGGACGACUGAUCCGUGUAAAGGAAAGAAUGAAUGGGGCCAUGUAUCGUGAGAUUUUGAGUGAAAACCUCCUUCCAUCAGCAAGGGCAUUGAAGAUGAAACGUGGCUGGGUCUUUCAGCAUGACAAUGAUCCCAAACACACCGCCGGCAACGAAGGAGUGGCUUCGUAAGAAGCAUUUCAAGGUCCUGGAUUGCCUAGCCAGUCUCCAGAUCUCAACCCCAUAGAAAAUCUUUGGAGGGAGUUGAAAGUCCGUGUUGCCCAGCGACAGCCCCAAAACAUCACUGCUCUAGAGGAGAUCUGCAUGGAGGAAUGGGCCAAAAUACCAGCAACAGUGUGUGAAAACCUUGUGAAGACUUACAGAAAACGUUUGACCUGUGUCAUUGCCAACAAAGGGUAUAUAACAAAGUAUUGAGAAACUUUUGUUAUUGACCAAAUACUUAUUUUCCACCAUAAUUUGCAAAUAAAUUCAUUAAAAAUCCUACAAUGUGAUUUUCUGGAUUUUGUUUUCUCAUUUUGUCUGUCAUAGUUGACGUGUACCUAUGAUGAAAAUUACAGGCCUCUCUCAUGUUUUUAAGUGGGAGAACUUGCACAAUUGGUGGCUGACUAAAUACUUUUUUGCCCCACUGUAUGUCUAUAUAUAAUGGAGCAAUAUAUUUUUAAAUAAGAUCAUCUUUGAGAACUAUCUCCAAAAUAAAAACUAGACAGGGAGAAUCAAAAAUUCCAAAAGUAUCAUGGCAUAGAUGUGGUAAAGUGUUCAAUAGAAUGCAGGCCGUGGGGAUAGACGGACGCCGGAUUGGCGCACAUUCAACAAAUCUAAUCUAACAAAUUGGAUAUUCGUCAAAUCCAUCAUGAUUCAUGUAUUGUAACAGGCCCAUAAUGUGGAUACUAAAGUUGGAUUUUGAUAUACAGUUUAAGUCAGAAGUUUACAUACACCUUAGCCAAAUACAUUUAAACUCAGUUUUUCACAAUUCCUGACAUUUAAUCCUAGUAAAAAUUCCCUGUUUUAGGACAGUUAGGAUCACCACUUUAUUUUAAGAAUGUGAAAUGUCAGAAUUAUAGUAGAGAGAGAUUUAUUUCAGCUUUUAUUUCUUUCAUCACAUUCCCUGUGAGUCAGAAGUUUACAUACACUCAAUUAGUAUUUGGGAGCAUUGCCUUUUAAAUUGUUUAACUUGGGUCAAACGUUUCGGGUAGCCUUCCACAAGCUUCCCUCAAUAACUUGGGUGAAUUUUGGCCCAUUCCUCCUGACAGAGCUGGUGUAACUGAGUCAGGUUUGUAGGCCUCCUUGCUCGCAUAUGCUUUAUACCCACAAAUGUUCUAUAGGAUUGAGGGUCAGGGCUUUGUGACAGCCACUCCAAUAACUUUACUUUGUUGUCCUUAAGCCGUUUUGCCACAACUUUGGAAGAAUGCUUGGGGUCAUUGUUCAUUUAGAAGACUCAUUUGCGACCAAGCUUUAACUUCCUGACUGAUGUCUUGAGAUGUUGCUUCAAUAUAUCCAGAUAAUUUUCCUUCCUCAUGACGCCAUCUAUUUUGUGAAGCGCACCAGUCCCUCCUGCAGCAAAGCACCCCCACAGCAUGAUGCUGCCACCCCCGUUCUUUACGGUUGGGAUGGUGUUCUUCGGCUUGCAAGCAACCCCCUUUUUCCUCCAAACAUAACGAUGAUCAUUAUAGCCAAACAGUUAUAUUUUUGUUUCAUCAGACCAGAGGACAGUUCUCCAAAAAGUACGAUCUUUGUCCCCAUGUGCAGUUGCAAACUGUAUUCUGGCUUUUUUAUGGCGGUUUUGGAGCAGUGGCUUCUUCCUUGCUGAGCAGCCUUUCAGGUUAUGUCUCGCUGUUGGCUGGGCUCCCUGCCUGUGUCAUUAAACCCCUACAACUCAUCCAGAAUGCCGCAGCCCGUCUGGUGUUCAACCUUCCCAAGUUCUCUCACGUCACCCCGCUCCUCCGCACACUCCACUGGCUUCCAGUUGAAGCUCGCAUCUGCUACAAGACCAUGGUGCUUGCCUACGGAGCUGUGAGGGGAACGGCACCUCCGUACCUUCAGGCUCUGAUCAGUCCCUACACCCAAACGAGGGCACUGCGUUCAUCCACCUCUGGCCUGCUGGCUCCCCUACCUCUGCGGAAGCAUAGUUCCCGCUCAGCCCAGUCAAAACUGUUCGCUGCUCUGGCACCCCAAUGGUGGAACAAGCUCCCUCACGACGCCAGGACAGCGGAGUCACUCACCACCUUCCGGAGACAUUUGAAACCCCACCUCUUUAAGGAAUACCUGGGAUAGGAUAAAGUAAUCCUUCUACCCCCCCCCCCCCCCCCCCCCCCCCCAAAAAAAAAAAAAAAAAAAAACAUUGUAAAGUGGUUAUCCCACUGGCUAUAAGGUGAAUGCACCUAUUUGUAAGUCGCUCUGGAUAAGAGUGUCUGCUAAAUGACGUAAAUGUAAAAUGUAAAUGUAAUGUCGAUAUAGGACUUGUUCUACUGUGGUUAUAGAUACUUUUGUACCUGUUUCCUCCAGCAUCUUCACAAGGUCCUUUGCUGUUGUUCUGGGAUUUAUUUGCUCUUUUCGCACCAAAGUAUGUUUAUCUCUAGGAGACAGAACGCGUCUCCUUCCUGACCGGUAUGACGGCUGCGUGGUCCCAUGGUGUUUAUACUUGCGUACUAUUGUUUGUACAGAUGAACGUGGUACCUUCAGGCGUUUGGAAAUUGCUCCCAAGGAUGAACCAGACUUGUGGAGGUCUGCAAUUUUUUUUCUGAGGUCUUGGCUGAUUUCUUUUGGUUUUCCCAUGAUGUCAAGCAAAGAGGCACUGAGUUUGAAGGUAGGCCUUGAAAUACAUCCACAGGUACACCUCCAAUUGACUCAAAUUAUGUCAAUUAGCCUACCAGCAGCUUCUAAAGCCAAGACAUAAUUUUCUGGAAUUUUACAAGCUGUUUAAAGGCACAAUCAACUUAGUGUACAUAAACUUCUGACCCACUGGAAUUGUGAUACGGUGAAUUAUAAGUGAAAUAAUCUGUCUGUAAACGAUUGUUGGAAAAAUUACUUGUGUCAUGCACAAAGUAGAUGUCCUAACCGACUUGCCAAAACGAUAGUUUGUUACCAAGAAAUUUGUGGAGUGGUUGAAAAACCUAAGUGUAUGUAAACUUCUGACUUCAACUGUAUUUGGCUGUAUAACAUUUAGAAGUUGGCCCUUUUCAGCUUUAGAAGAAGUGACUGAUACAUUCUAACUUCUGUUCCUAUAAGCUGAUAGCAUAGCUAAUAGCAAAUCGGUGGUGGUAGUCAGUCGUUUUUACUGUAAUGCAGUUGAUUGGUGACGAUGGCAUGAACAUAUAUUGGGGUUGACAUCCAUACAAGCAUUAUAUUCAGAUUUGUGUGAAAUACACAUACAGUGCAUUCGGAAAGUAUUCAGACCCCUUCACUUUUCCCACAUUUUGUUACGUUACAGCCUUAUUCUAAAAUGGAUUAAAUAAACAAAUUUCCUCAUCAAUCUACACACACUACCCCAUAAUGACAAAAAUGAAAUACCUUAUGUACAUAAGUAUUCAGACCAUUUGCUAUGAGACUCGAAAUUGAGCUCAGGUGCAUCCUGUUUCCAUUGAUCAUCCUUGAGAUGUAUCUACAACUUGAUUGGAGUCCACCUGUGGUAAAUUCAAUUGAUUGGACAUGAAAGGCACACACCUGUCUAUAUAAGGUCCCACAGUUGACAGUGCAUGUCAGUGCAAAAACCAAGCCAUGAGGUUGAAGGAAUUGUCCGUAGAGCUCCGAGACAGGAUUGUUGUUGAGGCAACGAUCUGGGGAAGGGUAGAAAAACAAUUCUGCAGUAUUGAAGUUCCCCAAGAACACAGUGGCCUCCAUCAUUCUUAAAUGAAAGAAGUUUGGAACUUCCUAGAGCUGGCCUCCCGGCCAAACUGAGCAAUUGGGGGAGAAGGGCCUUGGUCAGGGAGGUGACCAAGAACCCGAUGGUCACUCUGACAGAGCUCCAGAGUACCUCUGUGGAGACGGGAGAACCUUCCAGAAGGACAACCAUCUCUGCGGCACUCCACCAAUCAGGCCUUUAUGGUAGAGUGGCCAGAUGGAAGCCACUCCUCAGUAAAAGCCACAUGACAGCCCGCUUGGAGUUUGCCAAAAGGCACCUAAAGGACUCUCAGACCAUGAGAAACAAGAUUCUCUGGUCUUAUGAAACAAAGAUUGAACUCUUUGGCCUGAAUGCCAAGCGUCACAUCUGGAGGAAACCUGGCACCAUCCCUACGGUGAAGCAUGGUGGUAGCAGCAUCAUGCUGUGUGUGUUUUUCAGCAGCAGGGACAGGGAGACUAGUCAGGAUCGAGGGAAAGAUGAACGGAGCAAAGUACAGAGAGAUCCUUGAUGAAAACCUGCUCCAGAGCGCUCAGGACCUCAGACUGGGGCGAAGGUUCACCUUCCAACAGGACAACAACCCUAAGCACACAGCCAAGACAACGCAGGAGUGGCUUUGGGACAAGUCUCUGAAUGUUCUUGAGUGUCCCAGCCAGAGCCCGGACUUGAACCCGAGCGAACAUCUCUGGAGACCUGAAAAUAGCUAUGCAGUGACGCUCCCCAUCCAACCUGACAGCUUGAGAGGAUCUGCAGAGAAGAAUGGGAGAAACUCCCCAAAUACAGGUGUGCCAAGCUUGUAGCGUUAUACCCAAGAAGACUCGAGGCUGCCAACUCUAAAAACAUGUUUUUGCUUUGUCAUUAUUGGGUAUUGUGUGUAGAUUGAUGAGGGGAAAAAACGAUUUAAUACAUUUUAGAAUAAGGCUGUAACGUGUAACAAAAUGUGGAAAAGUGAAGGGGUCUGAAUACUUUCCAAAUGCACUGUACAUGUGACUCUGGAUGACAAUAUAAUGAUGUUUGUUUCCAAUAUAAGGGAUAUUUUCCUAAAGAAGUUAAAUCCGCUUCAUGUUUUGUUUCCUUGCCAUGAUACUAACGAGUAUCGCGAUACUGAUAUCGUCCCGGAUCUAUCAUUAACACCCAAAAUAAAUAAGACAGGAUAAUUUGCGUUAGCUCAUUUCUAACUGUUCUAGGUGAUUUUACACUAUAGUAAAUUACAUUACCUCUCUGUGCUGUGUUUCAGGGGUAGCACAACUUCGGACUGCACGGGGCGCCCUGCCCCUCUCUCACCUGGCCAGACCCACUGCCUCUCUAUGGACCCCUACCCCACUAGCUCCUGCUACCUGGAUACAGACCAGACAUAGCAGCUUCUUCAACAAACGUAAGUGCUGGUGUUCCCCAACUCUCAAGAGUUGAUAGAGCACCUAUUUUAAAGCUUACAGUGGGGGAAAAAAGUAUUUAGUCAGCCACCAAUUGUGCAAGUUCUCCCACUUAAAAAGAUGAGAGAGGCCUGUAAUUUUCAUCAUAGGUACACGUCAACUAUGACAGACAAAAUGAUUUUUAAAAAAUCAGAAAAUCACAUUGUAGGAUUUUUUUAUGAAUUUAUUUGCAAAUUAUGGUGGAAAAUAAGUAUUUGGUCAAUAACAAAAGUUUCUCAAUACUUUGUUAUAUACCCUUUGUUGGCAAUGACACAGGUCAAACGUUUUCUGUAAGUCUUCACAAGGUUUUCACACACUGUUGCUGGUAUUUUGGCCCAUUCCUCCAUGCAGAUCUCCUCUAGAGCAGUGAUGUUUUGGGGCUGUCGCUGGGCAACACAGACUUUCAACUCCCUCCAAAGAUUUUCUAUGGGGUUGAGAUCUGGAGACUGGCUAGGCCACUCCAGGACCUUGAAAUGCUUCUUACGAAGCCACUCCUUCGUUGCCUGGGCGGUGUGUUUGGGAUCAUUGUCAUGCUGAAAGACCCAGCCACGUUUCAUCUUCAAUGCCCUUGCUGAUGGAAGGAGGUUUUCACUCAAAAUCUCACGAUACAUGGCCCCAUUCAUUCUUUCCUUUACACGGAUCAGUCGUCCUGGUCCCUUUGCAGAAAAACAGCCCCAAAGCAUGAUGUUUCCACCCCCAUGCUUCACAGUAGGUAUGGUGUUCUUUGGAUGCAACUCAGCAUUCUUUGUCCUCCAAACACGACGAGUUGAGUUUUUACCAAAAAGUUAUAUUUUGGUUUCAUCUGACCAUAUAACAUUCUCCCAAUCCUUUUCUGGAUCAUCCAAAUGCACUCUAGCAAACUUCAGACGGGCCUGGACAUGUACUGGCUUAAGCAGGGGGACACGUCUGGCACUGCAGGAUUUGAGUCCCUGGCGGCGUAGUGUGUUACUGAUGGUAGGCUUUGUUACUUUGGUCCCAGCUCUCUGCAGGUCAUUCACUAGGUCCCCCCGUGUGGUUCUGAGAUUUUUGCUCACCGUUCUUGUGAUCAUUUUGACCCCACGGGGUGAGAUCUUGCGUGGAGCCCCAGAUCGAGGGAGAUUAUCAGUGGUCUUGUAUGUCUUCCAUUUCCUAAUAAUUGCUCCCACAGUUGAUUUCUUCAAACCAAGCUGCGUACCUAUUGCAGAUUCAGUCUUCCCAGCCUGGUGCAGGUCUACAAUUUUGUUUCUGGUGUCCUUUGACAGCUCUUUGGUCUUGGCCAUAGUGGAGUUUGGAGUGUGACUGUUUGAGGUUGUGGACAGGUGUCUUUUAUACUGAUAACAAGUUCAAACAGGUGCCAUUAAUACAGGUAACGAGUGGAGGACAGAGGAGCCUCUUAAAGAAGAAGUUACAGGUCUGUGAGAGCCAGAAAUCUUGCUUGUUUGUAGGUGACCAAAUACUUAUUUUCCACCAUAAUUUGCAAAUAAAUUCAUUAAAAAUCCUACAAUGUGAUUUUCUGGAUUUUUUUUCCACAAUUUGUCUGUCAUAGUUGACGUGUACCUAUGAUGAAAAUUACAGGCCUCUCAUCUUUUUAAGUGGGAGAACUUGCACAAUUGGUGGCUGACUAAAUACUUUUUUCCCCACUGUAUCUAUCCAAUCAUUAUCAGCUAAGCUCUUCAAGUGAACAAAUCAAAUCAUUAUUAGCUGACGUCAGCUCUGACAUGUGCUCAACCUUCACUAAAAUUGUGCUGAUAUUCACAAAGCGAAUCAUCCCUGACUCCGGUCUGGUCUACGAAUGUAAUAUCUUGAUACUGCCCCAGUAUUACCAGAAACAGCACUAUAAUAUAGACAUAACUACUUGAGAAUUUUAAUAGAACUCACUUAAAAUGGCCUGAGCUCGCUAAGUGAGACUUAUUCACAGUGGUGGAACCUGUCAAAUGCAGAGCUUCCACAGGGAGGUGUAUGUCUGUCAGCUCAGCACAGCAGAGGCAGGCAGCCACACUAUUUCCUGCAGCUUCUCCCUGAGAUAAUUACCCAUGCUAAAUCUGUCACCACCGGCUCCGUCUCAGCCUAUGCAUGGAAACCCAAACACACACCCAUCAUUCCUCUCACUUUAUUAACCUGCCGCCUUCAGUUGACGCUCUCUCAGCACAAUAUUUAUAUUUACAGUAUACAUACUCAAGAGACAUUGUCACUUUGAUUGCUUUGUAUCUCCAGACUUUGCUUUGGUGUAUCCUAUGAUGUUUCAGAACACUUUUAAAAGAUUUUUCUGGCAAAUUAUUCUUUAUCAAUGAGUUUUCACAAUUGACUGACAUCCGGUUGAACUGUUUUGGCCAGACUGCUUUGGUUAUUUUUUGAUAGGAAAAGGUAAACUUUUCCAGAAGAUGUGGAACGCCAGAAUUGUCACUAGAUUCUAUAUUAACUUUAGUUUGUUAUCUUUAUCACAUAAGUUAGGCUAAAACCUAGUCUAAUUUGAUUUGAUGUGAUGCUGUGUUUACUAAUGUGGGACUCGGACAUGAUUGUUUCUCUGCCUGAUGCCAGGCUUUCUAAUAGCUGGACAUGGCAGCCUAGCCCAGGAUCAUUACUACUGCGAAUGAAAGCUGCUGGGCUGCCUGACUGGCUGACUGACUGGUGGCAGAGCAGAUGCUGCUGAUGCAUUUUUAAGUUGCAGAAUCUAAUGAUAGUGUCAGACAUCUGAUAUGAGCAUCUGAGUGGCCAGCUUCACUGACUGGGCACGGAGAAGGAGUCAAGAGAGAAUGGAAAACGGCUUCACUGACUGGGCACGGAGAAGGAGUCAAGAGAGAAUGGAAAACAGCUUCACUGACUGGGCACGGAGAAGGAGUCAAGAGAGAAUGGAAAACAGCUUCACUGACUGGGCACGGAGAAGGAGUCAAGAGAGAAUGAAAAACAGCUUCACUGACUGGGCACGGAGAAGGAGUCAAGAGAGAAUGAAAAACAGCUUCACUGACUGGGCACGGAGAAGGAGUCAAGAGAGAAUGAAAAACAGCUUCACUGACUGGGCACGGAGAAGGAGUCAAGAGAGAAUGGAAAACAGCUUCACUGACUGGGCACGGAGAAGGAGUCAAGAGAGAAUGGAAAACAGGGCCCCUAUGCUUGUACACAGUGUCAAUGUAAGAAAUGUUGUGAAAAGGUAUCACUGAGUGAUGAACUUUUCAACAGACUUCUGCUCAAGGGCUUGGUGCUUUGAAGAUAAUAUUUUCACUAGUUCAUAACAAAUUGUUGGAGAUGAGCUGGAAUCUUUUUGUUUUAUUCUCACUCAGAACUCUGUUCAGAAUUCAUGUUUGAUUAUAUUUUGUCUCUAAACAAGCGUUACUGAAUUAGAUGUGCAGUAUGCCUCUUUGCUGCUUUAGUUUGCAUCCCAUUUUAAGUCUUGUAGCAAAGAAGUCUCCUUGCUAUGGGAAAAGUGAGGGAAAACAACUUGCAUACUGUAGAAGAGCCUGGCCUGUUGUUCUUUUCAUGCCUUUCAACUUUUUUUUGACUAUCAUCUGUUGUAGCAUGGUUGUGCCAUCCAAAAGGAGAGAUGGAUGGAAAUAAUCAAAGUUGGUGUGCAUUGGCCCCCAGGAGUGAGACUAUUGAAGUGCUCGAUGCUGCUAGCAUUGGUUACAGUUUUUUGAUUGACCAGUAGAAUAGUUAAGUGCAUUGAUCUAGAAUGGAUUAAAAUUCCACACUAUCUAUCUAGAUCUAGGACUCCCUUUUCAAACAUUCCUCAUGGCAAGGACACUAGAUUUAGCCUCAAGCAAGGUUUGACUCUUUGACAAUCAUAGCUUUUAUUUGCCUAGUGCUUUGUUGCUUUGCUGUAGUACAAAGCUCAAGCACACUGGUUACAUCUCCCUUCACAUGCUUUAAUUAACUCAUAAUCAAAUCUCUGUGUGGCACUGAGCAUCUCCUUCUAAAUCCUUGAGAAGCAAGCAGACCGGCUGAAAAUAGAUUUGAUUUGGAAAAAACAAACCAGCAUUCUCAAUCUCUGAGUAAUAGAGGGUGUUUGUUUGCUGGAAUGCACAGUGCGUUCUAGCAGGUUUGAUUAGUGCAUGACUGUAGAUGCAGAUUGUAAUUUCGGGGCUCUUGUGUUGGAGGUCGAUCCCAGACUUGUUGCAUUGAGAUGAGUUUACAGAAGCAGCACAAAGUCUAAAAACAUUGUUGUACUUGCAAAUGUGUUUACAAAUAGUAAUAUUAUGCAGACUGUGUUCAGACACUCAGGUACUUCAGGACAAGGGCGGCCUGUAGCGAAGGUAAAACUGCUUUCCUUUUUUACUUUCGCUGGCUACACAAGUAAAUCUACAUCAAAGAGAAGGUUCAAUAUAUUUCAAACUCUUUAGCGUUGUUCUAAUUUUCUAUUCCUAGAGUUUUGUAGGUAGGUAAAACAUAUAUAGGCUAAGAUCAUCCCUGGUCGUGACCCCACUCUCUGACAGUGUCUCAGGGGGUGUGGGAUAUGCAAAAAACACAUUUUCAUUUCACACCACACACUUGUACAGGUGUGUGAAACAGGACAAAUAUAAGCACCCCCUAUUUAAAUACCUUUUUAUUAAUCAGUAUCCUACAGGCAACGAGACGAUUGUUUUCAAUAUUCUGGACAAAGAGGGAUGCUCCAUUGAGGUUGCCAGAUUAGUCAGAUUUGGCAAUUAAAUCCCUAUUUCUGUGUGUUAUCAUUGCAGUGACAGCAGAGGAGCUUUGGAGGGGAGUUCUGGCAGAGACGGGUGCCGGUGCUCGGAAGGGUCGUGGGAAGAGGACCAAGAGGAAGAUGAAAAAGGAUCUGAACCGAGGCCAGAACAUCGGAGAGGGUAAGAUGGAUAUAUUGUUUAGAUCUAUUUCAUUCAUAGUUAUUUCUAUGUCCCUGUAACUCAAACAUUUUACUUUAUGUUGGAGAAAGAUAGUACACCCACUACGAUUGGUUGGUAUCAUGUAUAUUUCUGUCUUUAAUGCCAAACCUGAAUUUGAGUUUGGAUAUUGAUGGCUAAAGUUUGAUCUGAAUUUCCUUCUGCUAAUGGGCAGUAGACAGACACUCUCGACUAUUAAUCUUUUACUAGUAAUAUUUUAUUAAUUACAUUAAUUUAUAAUGAACAGAUUAGUCCUCUUUCUCUUAUCAUCUAUCUCAGUGCUGUUUAAAAAGUGGAAAUUCAUUGAGAGUGUUUUAUUGCUGAGCUGUCUGCGGCCCAGUCAGUCUCUCUCUUUCUUUUCUGGCCCUUUUCAAAUCCAUCAAACCCUACAGAUGUGACAAGAUUGUGUAAUCAGUGCCACAUUGGUUGAAGCGCUGUCUACUCCCUGUAAUCAUUGCCCCAUCUCUCCCUUCUGUGUGUCUGUCUGUGUCUCUGUGACGCCUAUUCUUUAUACAGUCUGUAACGUAUAAUAAAGUUGAAGUUAGUGCUCCGUUUGAGUUGAGUUAGUGCAGUGGAGCGUUUAGGACAAAUUAAUGCUCCUUUCCGUAACAAACCGCCUAACCUCUCUCUGUGUCUCUGUUAGGGCGCGGGGGGUUCCUGUGGCCGGGGUUGAACGCGCCCAUCCUGAAGAGUGGGACCAUACAGAACAUGUCUCGCCGCGGGGAGUCAGAGCAACAGGAACUGCAGGCAGAGCUUCUGCGACAGCGCGACGAAUGGGAUCGCAGGAGGAAGAUGAGGGUGAAGAGGGAGCGAGGGUGGACUGGCAACUCCUGGGGAGGCAUCAGUCUGGGGGCCCCUGACCCUGGACCCAACGGAGGUACUGUGUGUGUGUGUAAAGUGUGCACAUUAGGGAUGUAACGAUUCACCGAUGCACAUCGGUCCCCGGUUCAAAUGUUUUAAAUAUGAGCAAUCCAAAUGUAGCAUGCAUCGGUAAGAAAAUAGAUUCAAACGUUAUGAAUCUGCAGUUUUUUGCUCAAAUUACUUUUUUCCUACCUUCCGAAAAUACCUCUCGUCUUUUGUGACAACUGCGUCCUCUCCUUCAGUGUCAAACUAAGCAUGUCAUUAUGUUGAUAGUCAUUGAUCUACAAGUCAUUUUGCAUGCCGAACAACCCCAGGCAAUAUCAGUAGCCUAGUCAAACUGCACGCUGACCGUUGAGAGCUAGGCCUAUUCCUGAUCUGGCACAUAUACACAUCACCUUCAGCAUUCAAAUGUUUGUAAAAUGGCUUGCGCAAUAUUAGGCUUUAUUAGUUGAGUGACAACCAUGUAAUUUAUACGGUUAUUUUUUAUUAAAUGCACUGUUGAAAAUUGUGUUUUACCGGAAUAAAAUUAGCCUAAGCUACCGCCGGAGACAACUCUCAUCUGGCUAUAGGCAGUGGUGGAAAAAGUACCCAAAUGCCAUACUUGAGUAAAAGUAUCUUUUAAUAGAAAAUGACUCAAGUGAAAGUCUACUUGAGUAAAAGUCUAAAUGUAUUUGGUUUUAAAUAUACUUAAGUAUCAAAAGUAAAUGUAAUUGCCAAAAUAUACUUAAUUAUCAAAAGUAAAAGUAUAGAUCAUUUCAAAUUCCUUAUAUUAAGCAAACCAGACGGCACCAUUGUCUUGUUUUUUAAAUGUACGAAUAGCUAGGGGCAUACUCCAACACUCAGACAUCAUUUACAAAUGAAGCAUUUGUGUUUAUUGAAUCCGUCAGAUCAGAGGCAGUAGAGAUGAGAUGCCAGGGGUGUUCUCUUGAUGUGCGUGAAUUGGACCAUCUUCCUGUCCUGCUGAGCAUUCAAAAUGUAACUAGUACUUUUGAGUGUCAGGGAAAAUGUAUGGAGUAAAAAGUACAUUAUUUUCUUUAGUAAUGUAGUGAAGUAAAAGUUGUCAAAAAUAUAAAUAGUAGAGUACAGAUACCCCAAAAAACUACUUAAGUAGUACUUUCAAGUAUUUUUACUGAAGUACUUUACACCACUGGCCAUAGGUAGGCUAUAUGCUGAUCGGGGCUUACAUUAGAUUUUAUAUUGAUUGUUCAGUUUUACCAUCAGCAAUAGUUUUGGUAGUUUUGCUUGAAACGAUCAGUAUUUAUGGUCAUUUUUAGAUAUACAGGGUAAAGGUGAUAAUUUCGUAACGAGGACCGCAAUCACUUUUGUGUGUGUGUGUGGGGAAACUUUUGCAAAAGGAAAACAUCGCCCCCUAACUGACAGUGGGGUGAUAGAUGCCCAGUUUCCCCACACACACACACUUUAGCUCAGACAGAUCCAGCUCAUGAGCUCCAUCAGCAGCAGAUUACAAUUUAGAAUGGAAAAUGAAUGUGUUUAUGCAACAAAAGUUAGUGCAUUGAAUCAUUCCUCUAAUCAAACUGAAUCACACCAAAUCGUUUCAAGCUAAAACAUAUCGUUCCUGUAUUGAAUCGAAGCCCAUCUAUCUAAAUACGUAUCGAAUUGUCUUGAAAGGGAAAGAUGCACAUCCCUAGUGCACAUACUUUGAAGGACUGUUUUUCCAACAAACAUCAAUCACUAUUAUUGUGAAGUAGCAUUAUCUUGGAUCAGAUUUAAUAUUGUUGCUAUAUUAUUGAAGCAAAGCGAUCUGCAUUCCUCACACACACUCUGACAUGCUUCCAUGCAUCACCUCUGGCCUAGCUGUAUUAUAGUAAUGACAGAGCGUAUUCCUCCAACUAGGCAUAUUUACAACACUGGGCCAUUCCUCCUAGCAUUCUAUCAGCAUUCUAUCUGCUCCGGUAAUCAAUACCCCUGGUGGUAGUGAAAUGGCAGGUUGGGUCACUCUUUUCCUUCUGAAAGCUCCAAAUGCCAGCAGCCUCCACGACUCGGUGCCUUUCAAACGCUGCACCACACGGUAAAGGCUCAGUCCACUGGGGAGAGCACAGCCCGUACCUCUGUCUGGAAAGGGCAAAUGUCACCUGGAGCUAGCAGGGCGACAAGCAGGAAACUGAGAGCCAACCGAGCCUAGCGAAACACAAUGAAAGGCCAGUAGAGACCCUUCCCCUCCCACCAACCCUCUCCAACACUAAGGCUAACCAAAACCUGUGAUGUAAAUUCAUUACAUAUUACCAAUAUUUCUAUGAAAUGAUCAAUAAACUUUGAGAUUAUUUUGAUCAAGUCUUUGGCAUUUAAAAUUAUAUACAGUGGGGAUAAAAUGUAUUUAGUCAGCCACCAAUUGUGCAAGUUCUCCCACUUAAAAAGAUGAGAGAGGCCUGUAAUUUUCAUCAUAGGUACAUGUCAACUAUGACAGACAAAAUGAGAGAGAAAAAAUCCAGAAAAUCACAUUGUAGGAUUUUUUAUGAAUUUAUUUGAAAAUUAUGGUGGAAAAUAAGUAUUUGGUCAAUAACAAAAGUUUCUCAAUACUUUGUUAUAUACCCUUUGUUGGCAAUGACACAGGUCAAACGUUUUCUGUAAGUCUUCACAAGGUUUUCACACACUGUUGCUGGUAUUUUGGCCCAUUCCUCCAUGCAGAUCUCCUCUAGAGCAGUGAUGUUUUGGGGCUAUCGCUGGGCAACACGGACUUUCAACUCCCUCCAAAGAUUUUCUAUGGGGUUGAGAUCUGUAGACUGGCUAGGCCACUCCAGGACCUUGAAAUGCUUCUUACGAAGCCACUCCUUCGUUGCCCGGGUGGUGUGUUUGGGAUCAUUGUCAUGCUGAAAGACCCAGCCACGUUUCAUCUUCAAUGCCCUUGCUGAUGGAAGGAGGUUUUCACUCAAAAUCUCACGAUACAUGGCCCCAUUCAUUCUUUCCUUUACACGGAUCAGUCGUCCUGGUCCCUUUGCAGAAAAACAGCCCCAAAGCAUGAUGUUUCCACCCCCAUGCUUCACAGUAGGUAUGGUGUUCUUUGGAUGCAACUCAGCAUUCUUUGUCCUCCAAACACGACGAGUUGAGUUUUUACCAAAAAGUUAUAUUUUGGUUUCAUCUGACAAUAUGACAUUCUCCCAAUCCUCUUCUGGAUCAUCCAAAUGCACUCUAGCAAACUUCAGACGGGCCUGGACAUGUACUGGCUUAAGCAGGGGGACACGUCUUGCACUGCAGGAUUUGAGUCCCUGGCGGCGUAGUGUGUUACUGAUGGUAGGCUUUGUUACUUUGGUCCCAGCUCUCUGCAGGUCAUUCACUAGGUUCUUGUGAUCAUUUUGACCCCACGGGGUGAGAUCUUGCGUGGAGCCCCAGAUCGAGGGAGAUUAUCAGUGGUCUUGUAUGUCUUCCAUUUCCUAAUAAUUGCUCCCACAGUUGAUUUCUUCAAACGAAGCUGCUUACCUAUUGCAGAUUCAGUCUUCCCAGCCUGGUGCAGGUCUACAAUUUUGUUUCUGGUGUCCUUUGACAGCUCUUUGGUCUUGGCCAUAGUGGAGUUUGGAGUGUGACUGUUUGAGGUUGUGGACAGGUGUCUUUUAUACUGAUAACAAGUUCAAACAGGUGCCAUUAAUACAGGUAACGAGUGGAGGACAGAGGAGCCUCUUAAAGAAGAAGUUACAGGUCUGUGAGAGCCAGAAAUCUUGCUUGUUUGUAGGUGACCAAAUACUUAUUUUCCACCAUAAUUUGCAAAUAAAUUCAUAAAAAAUCCUACAAUGUGAUUUUCUGGAAUUUUUUUCCUCAAUUUGUUUGUCAUAGUUGACGUGUACCUAUGAUGAAAAUUACAGGCCUCUCUCAUCUUUUUAAGUGGGAGAACUUGCACAAUUGGUGGCUGACUAAAUACUUUUUUCCCCCACUGUAUCAGGUCUUUGACAUUUUUUUAUUAUGUUUGAGAUGUAGGCCUGUUGAUACAUUCUAGAUAAAGUGAAAAGUCUCUCAUUUUUGAGGAGGAGGGAUGAGCGGGGCCAUCUGUAGGACUGAGGGAUAGCAGACUGAGGGAUAGCACUGUAUGCAGGCCCAUUAGCACCUCAUGACUGAUGGAGAGCAAGAUUAAACAGAAGGGACAGUGAGGCUUUGUCCACAUUUAGAAAGUAAUCUCUCUACCACCCACUCACCCCUUUCCUCCCUUCCUCUCUCGUUUCUCAGCUCUGUCCAUUUGGCCCUUUACCCCUCCGAGGGACAUCUUAUUUAGGGCUUGGAAUAUUAAAGUAGUCAAAAAGUUCAAACAUUCAGAACUGCAGAACUUGAGAAUAUAAGUAAGUUGCCUGAGUAACAUAUUGAUGGUGUUCCUCUGUCAUAGUUCUCUUUCAGUUAUGUCUUUACACUAUGUCUCUGCAUCCCCUCUCAUCUCGCUGUGAGAUGAACACUGGUAUCAUCCCCCAUCCUCUCACCACCCCUACCACUGUUUCUAUUGUAACACAUCACAGACAGAACAAUCUGUUUAAUUUAAGUCGUCGUCACACAGCACAGCCAGGAUUUAUUUGUUAUACAUUUAUUUGAUAUGUUGAUUUCCUCCAGUCGUCUGGGCAGCGCUGGGUUGGUUAUUACAUUUCCUGCCUUCCGGUGGCUCUCUCUCUUGCUAGUCUAACUGCAGCGUCUGCUAUGGCUUCUAGUCACCACGGUGAUGGAUUACCAUGCGGUGGCGUGGACAGGAGUCUAAAUCACAGCUCUGGGUAUGAGUUAGGAACGCUUGACCUUUGACCUUCACCCUCCUCUUUCUCAUGCCGGGGUUACCCCACCUCCUCACAGACACCUUCGCCUAGCCCCGCUCUUAAAUCCAGGAAAUGUCCUGUCGCCUCCCGUCUCUGUUAGAGUGUAGUGAGGGAAUUACUGACACGCUUCUCUAGGCAACCCUGAGCUAAAUCAUUGACAGAUUUACCUUACUGGAUUUAUUUACCUGCCAUCAAAAGUGGAAAAAUGAAUACCGUUAUGGUGACAUACUGUACAACCAUCCAUUUAAACUAGCCCCAUGUAGUGAAUGUCAUGUGUUUGUUAACAAUUCGUUUUGGAUUUGUGUGGGUUUGCCACAGAUAUUAUUCUCUAUUGUUUUAGUGAUGGAGUACACUAAUAAGCAAGUCCGAUUUCUCAAUGCCGUAAAAUAAAAGUCAAUAAACCUUUCACUCUCUCCCUCUGAGAAAUCUGCCUCAUCACCUUUAUUUAUCUCACUAAACCCGACUGCAAAUUUGCUUUGAUUCACUCUGAGAGUCGCUUCUGUGGCUCCUAUUACACAUUUAAUCUAAGGCCCAUUUGUUUGGAUUGAAUUUACCUCAUAAACCCAAGCAGAACAGGUGAACCUUGUCAUGUUUAGUGUCUGAUAGAAGGUGAUGUUGCAGUUUAUCAGUAUACAAUCACAGGUAUUCACAUUGACUUUAUCAGUCCUAAUAGUUCUUCUCAUAGAGGUCAUAUAAAAAUAGUUUUUUUUUAUUACAUGUAUUAGUACCUUAUUUUCCUCUCUUUCUUUUUUUAGAGACUUACGAUGACUUUGACUCCCGAGUGAUCGAGGUGAGUGCUCUUCAAAUACUAACCCAAAAUGUUGGAAUCGGUUAUCAUGAUAUUAACCCAGCCCAAAAGGGUAUGUCGGAGCAUCUAGCAAAGUCUGUAGUUUGAAAAAGCAGGGCAGACACAAUGUAGUAACGUAGUGCUAUUUGGUGUCUUUGAAGAAAAGUGGAUGGGAUCCCUUUGAUGGUUGAUGUUCCCGGUCCCUGGGAGAGCUGUGUUUGAUCUGUGGAGGCUGGCUGGGAGGCUGUCUUGAGUGUCCCCUGCUGCUUGCCGUAACUCCUUGCUCGGUGAGGAACAGCACCUAGUUGAGGAGCUGGGUGCCGACGGGCCUCUGAACCUCCCUGAUCGAAACAUGAACCACGGUUGAACUCACUGGGCUAAGACCAGGAGAGGAUACGACCAUUGAGUGCGCACACAUAAACACAAGCCCUACCACAGUCAUGCUAUAGUCAGUGUAUUAAAAAAGGGCAAAUUACUCGUAUGUUUACACUCACCGAUACAUCUCACCUCUACAUGCAUCACUCCUACUCGUGCACGAACUGAAGUUUGGUGGGGGGCUAAAGGGAAUGUCAACCCACCUUCCACCCUCCAAACAUUGCUAACAUAACAUGAUUCCACUUGCAUGCUCUCUGUCUCCCAAAUGACGGUUCUAUGUCAUGACUGCAUGAGAGAGACUGUAGGCACAGCCAUGUUGUCAGCACUGAGGUCUCACUGCGACUCAACCCCCCCUAACAGAGGAAAUGAUGUGAUGUUUUCUAUUUUGGUAAAUGGAGGAAAGUACGGUGAUGUGAAUAUGGCGGUGAUAUGGAUAUUACUAAUACGUUGUUAUCAGGGGCACCCCUCUGAGAGGAUAUUCAAAUAUAGACUGAGUCGAUUACAAAACACUUUGAUAAACAAGCCAACCGUCACGCAAAACAAACUCCUCACCGUCCUCAUUAUGUGGCCGAGAGAGAGCGAGAGUGGAAGAGAGAGAAGAGAGGGGCUACCGAGAUUCAGGGGUACAUUUAGCCUCCCCAUCCAGUAUUAAGAGAUCUCUCAUGGUAAUGAUGGUCUUUCCAUUUAGGCUAAUUUAAUACAAAUUGAUGUAGUGGAGGGCCCAAACAAACAGGGACCAUCCAUAGAGGUUAUUUGCGGGGCCCCGUUUUUCAAAAGAAUUGAAGAAUGGGAUUUGGGAAUGCAGCCUGACCUUUAAUCAGGAAUAAAUGUCAUUUGUGUGUUUUUCAAAGGUGAUUAGGAUCGUUUUGAUGCCGAAAAUCGGGAUUAUCUUGAUCCCACUGGAAGGGUGGAUUUAGAAAGGUGAAAGGCACUACAACAAUAAAUUUCAAUAUUUCAAUGUAACUAAGGUGACAAGGUUGAAAAACCUUUCUUACAUCUGAAAACCAAGGGUUCAUGAUGUUAAAUUGACCGCAGUAUAGGUAUUGUAGUAAAGGUCAGUUGUUAUAUUGAGAAGUGUCAAAUAAAUGGGUGUACUUACUUAUAAGGGAUAUAUGCAGGCUCUAUUAUUUUUAUUCCAUCUACCUUUUACGUAGUUUACUCAUUGCUGUUUCCCAAUGACAGUGUAGAAGUAGUACCAUAACUGUCCAGUAGAUGGCAAGGUGUAGGACUGUUCAAAGCACUGAAAAAACAGAUUCUGUGAUCUUGAUAUUUUGGUAUCUGGAUCAGAAUCAUCCUAUCCGAUUUCUGAAAAACCGGCUCAAAAACAGCCAGAUUUAUCUGAUCCUGAAUUGCAAAAAAGAGGAUUACAGAAUCCGGAUCAUUCUGAUCCAGAUUAAAAAUUUUGAAAAACUGGGCCCAGUUGGAUUCCCUACUGAAAUCCACUCCAAAGCAUUAAGCCAUUGUAAUAAAGUCAAUUUAUACCUGCAGCAAUGUACCUGCACCACUUUUCCUUUUUGCUGUGUAAUUCCACAGUGAUUCUUAAGGGGUAGACGAAUUGGUUGCCAUUUAAUUUUUCAGCCCGAAUUUAAGGUGCAUAAUGCAUCGUGGAUCGUUGUUGAAGGUCAAGUUGUGGUUUGAAAUGUCUGCGGGUGUCAGGUUUAAUGUGGGUCUGAGAAGGCUGCAGCCCUCUCCAUUUCAGUUCUGUCCAUUGCACUCCCUCUCCCUCCUCUUUUUCCCAAAGUGAGUGCUAGCCCCCUGUUCUCAGCAUGGUGGUACAGUCCACGUUAGAUGUUCUUCUCCGUGACCCGUGAGCCACUAAUAGAUGCGGUAAAGAGGUCAAUUGGACUCGACCAAAACAAUGGAAUUUGCCAUGGAAACGUGGGAGGAAAAGAGCGGUGGGUGAAAGAGACCGAGUCUCCUCAUUGACUUCCAGCAAAAUGUGUUUACAUUUAGGCUAUGUUAGGUUAAAAAUGAUUGUAUAAUGCUUGUAUGGAUGUCAACCCCAACACAUGUUCAUGUCAUUGUUGCCAAUCAACUGCAUUACAGUUAAAAAUAACUUUGACUACUAUCAUCGAUUUCUGUGUGCUAGUUAUGCUAACCGGCUUAUACGAACGGGAGUUAGCAUUUAGCAGUUACUUCUUCUAAACCUGAAAAGGGAGAACUUCUACAUGUUAUGCAGCAAAAGCCAAAUAUAUCAAAAUCGGACUUAAGUAAGCACAUUGUGGGCUUGUUAUAAUAGAUAAAUCAUGACGGAUUUGACGAAUAUACACUUUGUUAGAUCAGAUUUGUUGAAUGUGCGCCAAUCUGGUCAACGUCUGCAUUCCAUUGUCUCCUUUACCACAUCUGUGUUUGUUCUGUUCUAAUUCUAAAGACACUACUGCCUGACCAGGUUUCACACACCUCCCCUUUCCAAUCUGUCAAUCAGGUCCUUGAGCUGUGAUUGACCAGUGAGUGGCUGAAUGGUGUAGCAAGCCACUUGGCAGAUGCUUAGAUGGCAGAUGGGUCAUUCGGAUGAAAGCCAGAGCGGAUAUGUCCCUAUGUCUCUCUGUUUGUCCAACAUAGCUCAAUGCUGUGAUCGUUUUCUUAACAUGUUGGUGAUAUUUCUUUUGAAUCUGAACAUGAGGCUGAGUACUUGACAUUCCCCUCAAAGCCUUGCGGGCUGAUUAAAGUACUUGUUCCUUUACAUGUGAGCUGUGGUUGCCUGUACAGUAUUUACAAUCCUCUUGAACAUAAAGGAACCGCUAUAGAUUCCUAUUGAAAGAGGGAGAAUACCUGUCACUUGGAGACAGAGAGAAAAACAGCGGGAAAAGUGUUGGGAAAAUACAAAGAGUUAAGAUGAAAGGAGGGGAACGAGGGGAUGUAAAGGAACACAAUGGAUGUUUCUCUUGUGUAAGAGAUUUUGCUGGAAUGACCUUAGAGGUCCAUGUCGGCCUACUGUUCUGUUUUGUUGCUAUAUGUCGUUCAUUCUGUUAAGGCAGCAUUAUGACAGCAUUAUGACAGCUGUAUUCAGAGGUUGGGCAUGUGUUGGGCCCAGUGUCCAACUGUGAUAUAUCGUCAUGUGGCCAGCAUUGACCCAGGGCUGUAGCAAUCAACUAAUUAAAUAUGUCCUGCAUGCGUUGCACUGAUAAUCCUCCCCAGCCUCUGUAUGUGCUCCUCUUCAUAUAAAUAAUACAGAGCCACAGACACUUGUGUCCCCCGGAAACUGUUGGAUCAGUUUAUGAGUUCUAUCUCCCUAUAAAUAUACAUGAAUUAAAUGAAAUGCUUCCUGGAAAGGGGGGAUUCCUCCCCCAAGGACAAUAGCACCAUGUCAUUAGUUAGUCAAUGGGUUGGGACAUGAGAGUGCACUUGCAUAGGAAAUGGAGAUGGCUUGGCUCCAAUGGCACGGAGACUCAGGCCUCUCACAACUAAUUUCAUUAAAAGGGGAUGAAUACCAUUACGGAUGUGUUGUAUAACUACUAGCUACACAACCUUCAAAGUAUCCCCAAAAGUCAAAGAUUUGUUUUUCAAAGACACACCACUCUUGCAGUAGAAUGAAAUGUGUGCUCUGUUUUCUAUACCCAUGGUAGUUAAUCCAUUCCAUACAGUAGCUCAGUGAGUCUCCAGUAUGCACAUAGUGAAGUGGUGCACUGUGUGUGGUCCAUUAGUCUUGUGCCAGCCAACACGGCUCAGUGUUUACAGUACUAUAUUGUUAAUCAACACAUAGCAGUACAGUUUAUUUCAAUCUUCCUCCACAGUCCAGGGGUGUAUUCAUUCCACCGAUUCUGUUGCAAAACGUUUCUUAAACGGAAGCAAAUUAAACGGGUAGGGACCUACCUGAAUUUUUCCAAUAGAAGCUCUCCAAUAGUUUGCUUCCAUUUGGUUCUUAAAUGGUAAACGGUUUGCCUAAUGAAUACACCCCUGAUGAGUCCCACCAUGACACCCAGCACCAGCUCCUCUAGGAUAUCACUUCCCAACACUCCCUCCCUGCCUCGCAUUGCACUGGCAAACUUUCAUUUUAUGACUUCAUGCAUGUUUAACAGUUGCAAUUAUGUUUUCUGCGAUGGCAAUUUGCCAGGGCACCUGCUAACUUGAGUUAAAUCAGUAUGAGGGUUCCAGACGCAAUGUUGGUUCCUAAUUGUAUUCGGGUUAAUAGAAAACAAUUCUCUGCGGCUGAGAGAGAUACUUGGUAAUAAGCAGCAAAUGGCAACAAGAAUAUAAUGGCAAAGUGGCUUAACGGCGCUGCCAAUUACAUUAGCUUGCAACUAGAGCUCUCCUUGUCUGACUCUCUCUUUCUCUCUAUUGCCCCCUCUCUCGCUUUCUCUUUCUCUCUCUCUCCCUCCCUCUCUGUGGGUCUCAACACAUUGACAUUGGAGUCAUAUUUUAUGGUGAAAUACCCAGCUGUUAUGGUUUCCUCCUCUAAAUGGAAUCAUAUGUUGGGUUUAGGUUUUAGCAGGCUUUGAAAGUAUUGCUAUAAUGAGAGUUCUUCUUUCUCGCACAUGCAUACACCUUCAAACAAACAGGAUCUGCAGUGGGGUUGUGUCUCUCUGGCUGGCCACUGGCAGUUCCCUUUCACAUAGGGAACAGCUGACCCGCAAAGGCUCAUAACCCACCUAGACAGAGAGUUGGACAAAGGGGAACUUCUGAAGUCAGUGUUGUUGAGUUAGGAGCAGAGUUCUGUUGGACCGGUACCAGCUCUACAUCUGUUCUCUCCAGCUGUUCUGUCCUGGUUCUACUGUCUGUGACUGCUGUGAGCCCUGGGAGGACCUCUGGGGCUGGGGCCUUUUACUGUCCAGCUGUACCAACUCCCAUGGGGGGAGGGAAAGAGUGGAGAGAUUGGAUGGGGUGAGGGUACUGGUAGGAUGUGUUAGGGUGUGAGGGGGUCAUUGGGGUGUGAGUAGAGGAGUGUGUAACCUAGUAGGUGUGUUCUUGUGUGUCUGUGUUCACUUGUGUAUAUGUUUGUGUGUGUUACAAGUGUGAAUGUGUGUAGAGCAGCCGUUGUCUCUCCUCCAGUGCUGUAUGUAUGGCUAACCCUCAGCCAUGUCAUAUGCUCACACUGCCCCCUGCUGCCUCCCAGGUUACACUGCAGCUCGUAAAUCUGGCCGGAGGGAGGGGAAUAGAGUGAAUGAACAGGGAAGGGCAGCACUCGUCUGUCUAUCCCGAUCGAUGGGAGACAAUUAAAUCUUAUGAGGGAUGAGAUGGGCUGUCUCCCCAGGGGCAAACAUACACACACACACAUCGCCUCUAGACACCGGCAGGAACUUUACUCAGUCGAAACGAGUGGCGCAGUGGUCUAAGGCACUGCAUCGCAGUGCUAGCUGUGCCACUAGAGAUCCUGGUUCAAAAUCCAGGCUCUGUCGUAGCCGGCCGCGACCGGGAGACCCAUGGGGCGGCGCACAAUUGGCCCAGCGUUGUCCAGGGUAGGGGAGGGAAUGGCCGGCAGGGAUGUAGCUCAGUUGGUAGAGCAUGGCGUUUGCAACGCCAGGGUUGUGGGUUUGAUUCCCACGGGGGGCCAGUAUAAACAAACAAACAAACAAAAAAAUAUUGUAAGUCGCUCUGGAUAAGAGCGUCUGCUAAAUGACUAAAAUGUAAAUGUAAUGUAAUGAAACAUCGGACACAAAGUGGACAUAGUGGUACUGGGGCCUUGAAGGAAAGGUCAGUCCCUCUUAAAAAGCCAAAGGUUUAAUAAGGUGCUCCCUGCAUUCUGUUUGAUAGCGAUUGAUAAUUUGUACGUUUGACUAUACACGCUGGUCAUUUUUUUAAUUUAUUUUUUAUGACUUUUAGGAAGAAAGCAAUAACAUCGAGAGAGAGGGAGUGACAGAGAAAUAAUAAGUUUAUCACCAAAUCCAAUUAACCUGGGGCUUGCCUCCCUUUAGUUCUCCCCCAGGGCCCAUCCUCUGCUUUAUAAUAGGAUGUCUAUGAAUUCAGUGACAUUCUGCCUCCCAUAAAGAGGAGCUGUUUCACAUUGUUCUGGUCUGAGGUAAUGGGUCGUUUAGUUCUCCUCCGCUUCAGUUCCACUCCCUGACUCUCAGGAGAGAUUGAAAUGGUCUUGCUGGGUUCUAAAUCCCGAUAGAAGUUGUUUAUUCUCCAAGAUAAUGUUUUUGUAAUGCUAUCCUGACUGUCCUCUUUAGGGGUCAAUCUAAGCUAUCCCUUGUGGAUGCUGCUAAGCUAUUUUAACCUUAUGGUUGUUGUUUGAGUUUCAAGUUCAAGUUUUAUUAUUGACAGGUGAAGAGCGUGUUCAACAUGACAGCCAAAGAGGGCCGGAAGAGGUCCAUCAGCUGCCUGGUCGCCGUUGGCAAUGGGAACGGAGCAGCAGGUGAGUCCAAAACCCUGCUGGAGAGUAGCUCUCCAGGAGAAGUGGUGGCCACUUCUGAGCUAGUUAGCUAGCUACACUCUCAGGGUGCAAAGCCUCAAUCUACUUUUUCCUCAGUGUGGCGCUUGAAAGCUUUCAGUUCACUGAGACAGAUGAGUGUCUUUCUUUGAUCGUAACUUUGCUGCCAAAAAUGUAUGAUACCGCAUCAUGGAUUGGAAUGUGAUUGGUUUAUCUGUAGAAGCUGUCAGCUUAAUGAAUGAUAAUUUUUUCUGGCUUGUUCCGCCUAACUGUCAAGUUAGCAUGAAAAGUGGAACGAUAAAGUAAUCUGAUAUGGAAACUAUGACAAGCUGAUGUGGAUGAAACCAAAAACAUAUAUUUUUUAAUUUUUCUAUAUACAUUUACUUAUUUCCAUCUUUUGUCCUGCAGGUUUUGCCUUGGGUAAAGCGGCAGACCGUCAAACUGCACUGAGAAAGGUAAAAUGUUGCCCCCUAACCUGGAAAAUACCCAUACUGGCACUGUAUACAGUAUGUGUUCAAUUAUGGAAGUGGCUUUGUUGAAAUGUGGAUACACUGACACACUGUCAAUGGUCUUCUUCCCACAACAGGCAAAGAACCGAGCAGUGCACUAUCUGUACUACAUUGAGAGAUACAACGACCACACUAGUAAGUCACUAUGUGUGUGGGAGGGUCUCUGCGUGCAUCAGUUUGAGUAUGAGAUCAGAAUGUUUUGAGUCUUCCUCUCUCAUCAUUUGUACUCCAUCUUCUCUUGGCCCAUUCGGACACAGGCCUGUUGAAUAGGGGUCUGUUCUGGCUAACGUGGUUUUUGUGCUUAAUGUCUGAACAGCAAACCAGGCUUUUUUCUAUGCAAACCCUUGGACUGUAAGUGAGCAAGCUCAAAUAAUAUCUUGGCUAUUCCCUCAGCAUAGACUAAUUAAACUACAAAAUAUGUCAACAGUAAUGUUGUUGCUAAAUGUUUUCUGCAGAGGGGCUGUUGCUACAAAUCGGUAGAUCAAAGAGAAGUGUUUCACUCUGUAGGGGGUUGUGCAUCUUUCUCUUGCUGUAAGUUUGUCUCUGUGUGAGUCACACACACACACACACACUGAAAGAGGCUGUUCCUAACAGGCCCAGACCUCCUGCAGCAGCUACUGCAAAUAUUCUGUUCUGUGGGUGAUGUGUGUGUGAGACCAUGCCGGCCCAGGCUAACACAGGCUGGCUCUUUGACUACCGUCACUAACCCACUCACGGUUACACCCGCUCAAGGCUCUGACUCAUCAUCCAUGGUUCAUCAGGAGUAGGGUUGCAAAGGGAGGGUAUAUUACUGGUAACUUUCUAAGUAACCAAUAAACAACUUUCAAGUUUUUUAUUUUACCACCUGACAUUUAGGGGCCUUUUUGAGUACUUCAGAUUGUCAUGUGAAUGACAAACUGUAAAACAUCCUAAAUAUAAACCAACUUAGUGAAUACUAUUGGUGUUUAAUACAAUGUCUUGGUGCCAAACUGGUGGCAGUGUCUCAUUGCUGCAACUCCCCAACGGGCUCAGGAGAGGCAAAGGUCAAGUCAUGUGUCCUCCGAAACAUGACCUGCCAAACCACACUUCUUAACACCCGCCCGCUUAACCCAGAGGAAACACCGUCCAACUGACAACCAAUGUCAGCCUGCAGGCGCCCGGCCCGCCACAAGGAGUCGCUAGAUGUGCCAAGUAAAGCUAAACCCUCCCCUAACCCAAUUGAAGCUGGGCCAAUUGUGCGACGUCCUACAGGCGGCCGGUUGUGACACAGCCUGGGAUCGAACCCGGGUCUAUAGUGACGCCUCAAGCACUGUGAUGCCUUAGACCACUGCGCCACUCGGGAGGCCCUGUUGAGUAGAUUAUUUUUUCAUUAAUUAGGCUAUUUUCUCUUGAACCAUAUGGUCUAUCCACUUGAAACUCAUGGACAAUAUGGACAGAUAUUUAAAAAUAUAUAUUAAUAUAUGAAUAAAUGUUUUUAAGUUAUUCAAGUAUAAAUUACCUAAAUUGCCAUAGAUUACUUGUUAAUUACCAAAAUUAGCAAUAGUUACUGGUAGUUUUGCAACCCUAAUCGGGAGAAAUCCGAAAACGGCCCCCUAUUCACUAUUUUGUGCAGGACCGGCUGGGAUGAGCUGACGACUGACAGCUGGGUUGACUUGGAUGUUUUUUUUCUUCUGUUUUUAACAGUUUACCAUGAUAUCAAUUCCACUUUCAAGAGAACCACCCUACUCAUGAAGAAACAGCAUAAAGGUAUAGUAGAGCAUGAAUAUGUGUGUGUGUGUUUUUUUCAUGGCUGCCACCUAGAAGAGCAACAUGUUGAUGAGUGUUGAACUGACCCCAGCACUGGAAAUUAUACCAUGACAUACUCUACACACACACACACAAACACACACAGUCGCUCUGAUACUGUUCGUGUCACAAAUCUAUUCACUCACAUAAAGGAACCCACACCUCUCUCUCUCUCAUUUACACCCUGUCAUGUAAACCUCCUCAGAGGCAGAUGGGAUUAUGAAACUCCAGUGUAGUUGUGUCGGCGACACCGGGUUCUCCAGCUCAGGAGGAGUAUCAACUCAGACCUUUGUCCUCACACACAACACUAGUGUCAGAGUCUGUUCUACAGUCUUAGACUCAAGCGAUGUAGGCACAACCUCUCCUAAAUAUAUAACUUAUUAGUUGGGUAUCAGUUAAUACUCCUAACGGUGCAGGUUUUUUAUGUGUAUGAGUAUAUGUGCUUAUGUGAGUGUCAUUUUUUUGCAAUGGAAGAGUCAUAAACAACACUGUGAUAGGCAUGGAGGUUGGCUACUAGUAUGUGUCUUUCUGUCUGUCUCUAGGUUACGGACUACACUGUCACCGCGCGGUCAUCACCAUCUGUAAGCUGAUUGGUGUAGAGGACAUGUACGCCAAGGUAGAGGGCUCCGUCAACCUUCUUAACAUCACCAGGGCUCUGUUCACCGGACUGGCCAAUCAGGUGAGCCGUUGUCAACAUCGUCAGGGAGACCUGCUGGCUCUCGGCCAAUCGCAGGAACUCUUCCUGCAAAAACAUAGACAAGCUCUGAACUCACACACACACAAACACACACACAGACACUGCUUUAGAUUAACCCUCUCCCCUUCUCUUUCUAUAGGAGACCCACCAGUCUCUGGCGGAAAAGAAGCAGCUCCACGUGGUAGAGUUUCAGCCGGAGCGCGGGCCCCUGCCCCUCAUCGUGGCCACCCCUAAGAAGGGUGUACGUCCCGACCCCGAACCUGAGGAAGAGAUCCCCAACACGCGGCUCAACUGGGACGACGUCCGUGCUGCUCAGGGCAUGAAACGCUCCGUCUGGGCCGGGGUCAAGAGGACCAUCUGGUGACCGCAACACAAUCGUAACACAAACAGAACACAAGACCAGCCCUAUGGACUGGUUGGGAUAUGUUGGAGCGAUGUUUGGCUGGAUUCAGGUUGUUGGGUUGAGAGUGUGACUAGGAAGGAAGCCUGUCUCUCAGGCAUCAUAAGACUGGAGCCCCAUGGAGGUCAUCAUCAAGAGACUCACCCCAUUAAGAGACUCACCCCAGUGUUAAUUACAUCAUCAAACCUAGACAUUUACUGUAUGCAUAUGUAUAGCAUCAUGACUUUGUAUUUCACCAAAGGUUGUGAAAUACGGCCAAAAGAGUUUCACAUCCAAACAGUUUAACUCAACCAAUGGAUUAUCUUUUUGGACUGUAAGAAUAGUGUUGUUUCAAAAUCACUUGUUCAUGUGACAUUGUUGAAAAUGUGAGCUGUCUAAUUAAACAUUGAAACUCUCCAAAA